AUGAGCAACCUCAUUAACAAAGUUGUAAUAUUCGCUCUUCUCUUUGUUGCACCAUCUCUGUCGGAUUCCAGUCUGGAUGACAUCGACGUCCACCCAAUCAGCGUCAGGUCGAAAGCGAAACCACUUCCGCUGCCAGCUUUGUUCAAAAAUAUCGACCAGCUGGACAAGAUGUUGACUGAUUCUUUUCAUUCGUCAUCGGUCUAUGGUAGGCCGAGAUUUGGCAAAAGAAGCGAGUUAUAUCAAGAUGGAAAAUCUCUGGCUGAGUUGGUGAACGAGCUGAAAGAAAACAUUCAACUACUCAACUUGCUGAGAUCGGAAAAUUACAGGUGCACGUGUGUUUGUAACUUGUUUGAUUUUUGGGAAAUAAAAAAAUUGUUCUAA